ACAGGAAAGCUUCGACGUCAAUGCUCGCACAGUCGAAUGGCUUCUUCUAACAUGUGUGCCAAAACGCACAGUGGACACAGCUCUUCUUCGUAUUUGGGCUUCGUGAUAGAGUUAGUGGCGUUAAGAGGACAGCAACAGAGAGCGGCGAGAUCCUUGAGUUUAGGGGUUGCAAAUAUCUGUUGUUCGUUGGUAGACUGUGCGUCGGAGAAUCUCUAGUUGGUUUGGUUACCAGUGCCGCAAUUGAACAGUUUCGCAUCCUGCAGGGGAUAUGCUCUGACUCCGUCUCAUUCAUCCGAAGGGGCAACAGCCUUUUUCCUCUGGAUUGAUGUCUUCGUCACAGACAUGAACGAACUCAGUUUCUGCAGCCAGUGGAGUGGAUGGUUUGCAGAGAAUGAGUCAGGAUGGGGGGAAUGAUUUAAGACACACAAGGGUGGGAUUCGUAGAGGAAUGUUCGCCGAUAACUCAAUGGUUUUCAUCACUUAAAAAGGCACGGGAGCCUUAAGGAGAACUAAACGUUCGAUAACUAAAUUGGUGUUACUUCGAUGGUGGCAAAUUUUGACGUGGCGAUGGAGGAUUGGGGCAUUUAUUUGAUUGAUACACAAGGACUGGGGGUCCACCCGUUGGACAUCGCCAACGCUGGGAAGUCCAGCCAGUUUUAUGGCUAAACGCCAUUUGCAUUGCCAUCGCUGCGUCCCUUCCCGGCGUUGACACCGCGAUUCGGUGUACGCUGGCGUCUGGUCCAUCGCCUUGUCUCUCUCUCUCUCUGUCUUUCUCUCGUCAUUUCAAACUCUGGGGUGGCUGUGUUCGUCUGCUGUAGCGUCCGGUGGAGCGAGUUUAGUUGGUGUGAAUGGAGCGAUUCGGGGAUUGUGGUGGCUUGAUCGCAUGAGAAUUGAGUGGGGCGAAGGGCAGGGAAUUCAAGUCGGAGGAGCAAGCAUUUGUGGCCAGAAUCGGUUGAUGUUGGCGCGGUUACCAUAGUUGCAUUGUGAGGAUAGAAGGAGUUGAAGAUGAUAUGUCCAAGGAUGUUGGACCGUCGGUCCUUGCUUCCCCGAUUCUCGUCCCUGCAGUCGCCAGUGCUGCCAUCUCUUGCGAGCAAAAAAGAAAUUGCGGGCUUGUCAUCAAAUGUGGUUACUCCGUGCUGGAGCUUGAGGAAGAGCCAUUCUCCGCUAGUUUGUGAUGCGAUUGGAGUAUGUUCGACAGGUCAAAGCAGGUUAGCUGCCGUUGGGAAGCAGAAGAGAGUGCAAUGUGGUGGAAACAAAAAUGGAAGGCGGAGAGUAGUCGUGCAGUGUGAGACGGAUGGGGGUCAGGGGUUGGAAGAUGUUUCAGGGAAGUCGAGGACCUCAGAUGGUGACAGCAAUAGCUCGCCGAUUGCCUCUGAUGUUGCUGAUGCAGGUCAAUCUCCGGCAGCUGAAGAUCAAGACAUGUGCAAUAUGGAGCGCGAGUCUCCUGCCGCCAUAUUGAAGGAACUUUUGAGACUGGCUCAAGAGGACCUUGAAAUGGCGAGGAGGAAUUCUGAGAGGUUGGCAGAGAAAGCGCUGAAGGUGGCUGAAAAGGCCAUGACACUGCAAGAGGAGGCAGUGGAAGCAGAGAGGGCUGCUAAUGACGCCAAGGCGGAGGUUGAGAACAUCCUUCAGCGAGAAUCUGACGGUGAAGUGGCGCUAGCGUCUUCGAGAGCUGCAUACGAAGCUGCACAGAAGCGGGUAGAACGGGCUGAAAUGGCUUUGAAAACUGCACAGUCGAUAGCUAGAAGCGGAGAGACUUCUGCAGAUGCGGUUCAGGUUAGUCUGCAAAGAUCAUUUGGCACAGAAGAGGGCAAGCUUGAAGGGAAUCUGGACAUCGCAACUGAAGACAAGGUAGAUGUUGAAGUGAGAGAUGUUAAUGCUGAAGCUGCUCUUGAAACCGUAGAGGUGCAGGAGAAGGGGAUCACUAGCAAUGAUCAGAUAGAUGCUACGAUAUUGCAGUGCGAGAAAGAGAUUGAAGCUGCAUUUGCAGCACUUAAAGAAAAAGAAGCUGAAUAUUCAAAAUGUGAAGAAGAACUGUCUCAAACUCAGUUUUUGAAAAUGGAGAUUCUGGAGAAGGCAGCACUAUUGAGCGAGACGUUUGAAAAUGCACGAAUUGCCGCAGCUGCGGCUGAUUCAGAAGUUGCCAUAGCUAUGUCGCUCGCAGAAGAAUCUGUUGCUAUGGAGGUUGAAGCAACUCAAAGAGUUAGUGACGGUGAGAUUGCACUUCAAAAGGCCGAGGGAUCAAAGAAGGAUGCUGUCCAGGCUGCGUCUGCUCUCGCGGCUGUGGAUAUUGCAGAAAAGCUUUCUUUGCAAGUCGCGAAAACAGCUGAAGUGCUUUUGCUAGAAACCGAAUUGAAACAGGAAGAUGAUGGAAAACAGGAUAGAAUUGAAGCUGAAGUGGAGGAGAAGCUCGAAGACAUCUUGGUUCUUCAUGGGCGGGCAAGCUUUAGUAGCUCUUUGAAUGUGGUGGAAUCUACAACCCCGUCGGAAAAGCAAGCUAAACAAAGUGACGGUGAUUUGGGCACUAGGAACGAAGUGGAACCUCCCAGAGAAGCUGAAAAAGCUAAGAAGCCGGAGCCCAAAUCCUCAACUAAGAAAUCUUCAAGAUUUUUUCCCGCUUCAUAUUUUUCAACCGACGAUGAAGGAGAGUUUACACCUAGUACAGUUUUUUCAGAGUUUGCAACUGCAGCUCGGGCACAUCUUGGCAAAGUGGGGGUUGCCGCUGCGUUACUGCUUGCUGGUGGAGCUUACCUAAACAAUCGCAUGGAGAAGCGGGCUCUACUACUUGAGACUCCGCCCUCUACAACCAGCAUAGAGGUUCAGCAGAAAGGGAGGCCACUGAUCAAAGAGAUUAAAAAGAUACCAAAACGCGUGAAGAAGUUGAUAGAAAAGCUUCCACGUCAGGAGCUAAAUGAGGAAGAAACAUCACUAUUCGAUGUCCUCUGGCUGCUCUUGGCUAGUGUCGUCUUUGUUCCCCUUGUUCAAAAGAUUCCAGGAGGUAGUCCCGUUCUAGGAUAUCUCGCUGCUGGUGUGUUGAUUGGGCCAUAUGCGCUUUCAAUCAUUCAGAAUGUCCAUGGGACGAAGGCCAUUGGUGAAUUUGGAGUUGUAUUCUUGCUAUUCAAUAUUGGUCUUGAGUUGUCGGUGGAGAGACUGAGCUCCAUGAAGAAGUAUGUAUUUGGAUUUGGCUCAGCUCAGGUAUUGGCAACUGCUGUGGCCGUUGGCUACUUCACAUUUCUAGUGUCUGGAGCAUCCGGUCCUGCCGCAAUUGUUAUUGGAAAUGGGCUUGCUCUUUCUUCAACAGCUGUAGUCCUUCAGGUAUUGCAAGAACGCGGUGAGAGCACAUCUAGACACGGCCGGGCUACCUUCUCUGUGUUACUGUUUCAGGAUUUGGCAGUAGUGGUGUUGCUUAUUUUAAUUCCCCUUUUGUCUCCUAAUUCGUCGAAAGGAGGGGUGGGAUUUCAAGCUAUUGCUGAGGCUUUGGGAUUGGCAGCUGUCAAGGCUGUUGCUGCAAUAACUGUUAUCAUAGCUGGAGGUCGACUGCUUUUACGACCUGUAUAUAAGCGCAUGGCAGAUAAUCACAAUGCAGAAAUAUUUGCAGCAAACACACUUUUGGUGGUUCUUGGUACAAGUUUCUUAACGGCACGGGCUGGCUUGUCAAUGGCACUUGGAGCCUUUCUAGCAGGCUUGUUGCUAGCUGAAACUGAAUUUGCUCUGCAAGUUGAGUCAGAUAUUGCCCCAUAUCGAGGAUUGUUACUCGGCCUGUUCUUUAUGACGGUGGGCAUGUCCAUAGACCCAAAGUUAUUGGUGGCCAAAUUUCCUAUGAUUAUGGGUGCACUUACUUUGUUAAUUGUUGGGAAAACUUUGAUCGUGACUGGUUUGGGUCGAUGCUUUGGCCUUUCAACUGUUGCUGCUGUACGUGCCGGGCUCUUCCUGGCUCCUGGUGGAGAAUUUGCGUUUGUCGCUUUUGGUGAAGCGGUGAAUCAGGGGAUCAUGUCUGCCGAAAUGUCAUCUUUACUGUUCUUAGUGACGGGCCUGUCAAUGGCUAUUACCCCGUGGCUUGCUGCUGGAGGUCAGCUCGUUGCAAGUCGCUUUGAUCAACAAGACGUUCGAAGUCUACUACCUGUGGAAAGCGAGACCGACGAUCUCCAAAAUCACAUGAUUAUCUGUGGAUUUGGAAGAGUAGGACAGAUUAUUGCACAAUUAUUGGCUGAGAGGUUGAUACCAUUUGUAGCACUUGAUGUGCGAAGUGAGCGUGUUAGUAUGGGACGAGCACUGGAUUUGCCUGUCUUUUUCGGAGACGCAGGAAGCCGAGAGAUAUUGCAUAAAGUUGGAGCAGAACGGGCAUCUGCAGCUGUCAUAGCAUUAGACACACCUGGAGCGAACUACCGAACGGUGUGGGCUUUAAGCAAGUACUAUCCUCAUGUGAAGACGUUUGUGCGUGCUCAUGAUGUGGAUCAUGGAAUGAGUUUGGAGAAGGCUGGAGCAACUGCGGUCGUGCCAGAGACAUUGGAGCCUAGUUUGCAGUUAGCAGCUGCUAUUCUUGCUCAGGCUAAAUUACCAGCAUCAGAGAUCGCUGCGGCAAUUGACCAGUUCCGAACCAAUCAUCUCUCAGAACUCACAGAGCUGUCGGAGGCAAGUGGGAGUUCACUCGGAUACGGCACAACUCGCAGCAAAACGAAACCUAAGUUAAUUCCGACGGAGCUCCUCUCCAAAGAAGUUGAUGAUGGAAAUUACAGCGCACCGCCAGGCAUUGUAGCUGUUCCCUGAUUGCUAUCAACCAACUUGGGGACAUAUCAAUGCUCUCUCGAGAUUCAGAGGUAGAUGGGCGUAUGGACGAACGGCCAAGUAGUCAAAUGUUGAACAUAUUUCCUACUUUUUCCUACAGACUCUCAAAUUUGUCCCCUUUCUUUCUUUUUAUGGAAGAGACUUAACAGGAUUAGUUUAUAUGGGUUUGUAGAGACAGCCCAUCGGAAUAUUCUAGAGCAAUGCUCAAUUGCAACUAAAGUAUCACAGCAUACACAAGCAUGUGAAUGCAGCUUCUUACAUUUCGUAGAUGUGUAGAUCUUUGAAAGAAUCAUUUAGAGAAAACUAGUACUAAUUGACUUCAAAAACUGCUGGCAUUGUACAAUUCUCUAAGAUAGCAUGAUGCUAUGUGCAUCUGUGUAACGUGUUGGUCAGAGAAGGACAGAUCAAAAUUGGGUUUGUCAAAUUAAAUCAUGCGUUUUGUAAAGAUUACUGUUCCAUA